GACGUAUAACCCGGAAACCGGCGGUGGUAACUUGUCAGUUCGGCAGCGCUGCGUCCUCCAGAGGGAAUCCCAAGUUUCUCUCCUGUUUUUGUUCUGUUUAUCGUUUCAUUCCGGAUCCGGAACCCUUUUCCCAGCCUCCAUCAUGCUCUCCCCGAGGUUCCUGGUUCUGAGGUCCGCCGCCUCGCUGGCCAGCCGCUCGCUCUGCACAGCGUCCAAACCUGGCAAGGCUCCUGACAUGGCUGAGGGAAAUCCACUUUUACACGUUUCCAAUGUGAGAAACCGGCUGAGAGAAAUAGUUGGAGCUUCGACAAACUGGAGCGACCACCAGCAGGCGCUGGAGGAGCGCGUGUCGCUGUCGUCCAUGCUGGCCCAGUCUCAAAGCGAACUUCCCAGCAAGCGGAUGAAGGACAGCUUCCUGGAGGUCCACCUUCCUCUGGGCUCUGAGCCGGAGCUCCGGGAGAAGUACCUGACCUACCACAACACCGUCAGGUUUGGAAGGAUCCUGGAGGACCUGGACAGCCUGGCAGUCCUCAUCUCCUACUCUCACACGUAUAACCCGGAUCUGAAGAGGUCCCCGCUGUCCAUCGUCACGGCGCUGGUGGAUAAGAUCGACAUGAGGCAGCACGUCAUCUACCCCGACUGUGACAUCAAGUUCACCGGCCAUGUGACGUGGGUCGGGAAGUCGUCCAUUGAAGCAAAGAUGCACAUGUCACAGUACCGGGAUGGAGCCUACGCCCCGGUUCUGGACGCUACCUUCGUCAUGGUGGCCCGGGACCCGGCCAACAAGAGAGCUGCCUUCGUCAACCCGCUGAAGCCUGAAGGUCCAGAGGAAGAGAAGCUCCUCCAGGAGGGAGAAGCUAACAAAGCUCGGCGCGUUGAGCUGAGCACCGCGUCGCUGCUGAAGGUCGCUCCCACGGACCAGGAGAGGAAGAUCGUCCACGACCUCUUCCUCAACACCCUGGACACCAACACCGUCAGCUUCCGCAGCCGAGUCCUGCCCCACAGAUCCGUCUGGAUGGAGGACGCCAAGCUGAAAGGCCUGGAGAUCUGCCACCCUCAGCAGAGGAACAUCUUCAACAGGAUAUUUGGCGGUUUUCUCAUGAGGAAAGCCUACGAGCUGGGCUGGGCCAACGCCUGCUCCUUCGGAGGAUGCCGGCCCAGUCUGGUGGCGGUGGACGACAUCCUCUUCCAGAAACCCGUAGAGAUCGGCUCGUUGCUGAUGCUGUCGUCGCAGGUCUGCUACACUCAGGGGAACUACAUCCAGGUCAGAGUUCACAGCGAGGUGUUUGAGCCGCUGACCCAGCAGCACAACACCACCAACAUCUUCCACUACACCUUCUCCUCGGACCGUGACGUGCCCAGCAUCGUCCCCAAGACGUACGGAGAGUCGAUGCUCUACCUGGACGGGAGGAGACACUUCAACCAGACCGUGGAGUCCUGAGCGCCCACAGAGGCCACAGCAACAAAGCCGGGAGCGUUUGGCCUUAAAACAAGACGCCGAAGGCUCUAAAGAAGCUUUACGCCAUUUUUAUACCGAACCUUGUUUACUCUCUCUGCUGUGGACGUUUAUGCCUUUUUCCUUUUAUUGCUGUAUUUUUUUUUUUUUUUUAAAGAACCAUGUAAUCGCUGCAGCUCACAUGUAUGUAAACAUAUAACUAUCAUAUAUAUAAUUAGCCCUGACUCGUUUACAUGGUCAGACACUUUGUUGAAUUUUUCAUGCUAAACUGACGAAUUUUCGCAGAAAUUGCUUUACUUUUUAAUUUUUUUUUUCUUUUCUUACCUGUUUGUGGCUCUAGUGGCCUUUUAUUUGAUAGUUAGCUGACAGGAAAUGGGGUUUAGAGCGGGGGGGGCAUGAAGCAAACGUCCACAGGGUGGAAUUUGAACCCGGGACGGCAGCACUGAGGAACACAGGUCACAUGUUCUACACCACCACCACCAUCAGGCCCAUUUAAAGCACUAAACAGCUCAGUUAGAGAUGUUCCUGUGUCUUUAUUUCCAUCUUCAGCCCCUUCAUGCUGAACCAUUCCCUGCAGUCUGGAUGUAAAGAGCCUUCAGACGACGUGUAGUGAUUAUACGCUAUAAAAUUAUAUAUAAAUAAAAUAAAACUGAACUGAAUACUGUUA